AUGGAUGCACUUGACCAUAUGGGGCUUAGUGCAUCCGCCACUGGGGAAAUUCAAGACAAUGGGAAUUGGGAUAAAGUAUUUGGAUACUUUGCACGUUUUUCAUUCGAUUUUGCAUUGCAAAUUGUGACAGAAAUCCUUCCAAAAGGGAAGUUAAUUGGACAGAUGGCAGUUGUUACGAAGCAAUCUCCUGAAGGUGGCAAUGAUGUUUCUCCAACGCCACCUCCAUUACCAGGCCCAACUACAAACUGUCGGCGGAAGGGGUUAUUUGUGAUGAACAAUGGAUCGGUAACAAAAGGUGAGUCAACUGCCAUGAGAAAUAUGUGGGAUAACCUCUUUGAUGGAGGCUUUAGGGCCGAUGUUACCAUUACAACUGAUAAUGGUGGAAUCAUCUAUGCACAUGCUGCUGUUCUUGGCAUGGCUUCUCCUGUCUUAAGAGGCUUGCUGAAACAAGCAAAAGGCUCUGGUCGUAAGAGAUCAAUUUCAAUCCCUGGUGUUCAGCAUGAUGCAGUUCGGGUUUUCAUCCGGUUCUUGUACUCUUCCUGUUAUGAACAAGAAGAAAUGAAGGAACUUGUCUUACCAUUGUUGGUGAUGUCACAUGCAUAUGUUGUUCCUCGGUUGAAGCAAAUUUGUGAGCAACAACUAGAGGAUGGCUUGCUUACACUAGAAAAUGCUGUUGACGUCUUCCAGCUUUCUUUACUUUGUGAUGCACCUCGGCUCGCACUGAUUAGUCACCGUAUGAUCCUAAGGAACUUCAAGGCUGUUUCUGCAACCGAAGGAUGGAAUGCCAUGAAGAAGAGCCAUCCAUUACUAGAAAAAGAAAUUUUGGAAUCCAUGAUUUAUGAAGAAAAUAUUGGAAAAGAGAAAAUCAGAGAAUCGAACGAGCAGAAGAUCUACCUUCAAUUAUAUGAAGCAAUGGAGGCUCUUAUUCACAUUUGCAGAGAUGGUUGCAGGACAAUUGGUCCAUGUGAUAAGGAUUUUAAAGAGGACCAGAAACCUUGCACUUAUGCAGCCUGCAAAGGGAUAGAAUUGCUCGUUCGCCAUUUCGCCGGUUGCAAGUUGAGAGUCCCUGGAGGCUGCAUCCAUUGCAAAAGAAUGUGGCAGCUACUGGAGUUACAUGCUCGCCUCUGUGCGGAUCCAAGCUUGUGCAGAGUUCCUUUGUGCUUGAAUUUCAAAGAGAAGAUCAAGAAACAAGGCAAGAAGGAUGAGAUCAAGUGGAAGAUGCUAGUGAAAAAGAUCUUGAGCAUAAAGAGAAUUGGGGGUGAACCAUUCUUUGUGUCCUUAAAUUCCAUUUCUUCCUGAUAAAUCAAAGUUCUAUCUAUAGAAGGUGUUUGUUUAUAUUAAUCUAUUUAUAAUUUUAUUUU